GUUAUAAACAAAUAAAUACUAUAUAUUAUACAAUAUAAUACGCGCAAGAAGGCCUCAAGGACUUUGUUGUUCAUCAGCACCACCGAUACACUGAACCUUCUCCCUCUUCAUCUCUUGAUCAUUUGGAGUUACUAUAUACUCUCUGAUAUAUGCUUUGUUUUGGAAAUUGAAGCUGAAGGUUUUGGGUGCUCCUUUUGUUCUACAGCUUAAUUGAAAGACUGUUAAUAAUUCCACAUACAAGGAGGGGUCUUAAUUGAUCACCAGUUUCAAACAAUAGGAUUAUCUAUUUUGAUUGUUUGCCUAUUUGGCAUUGAAGAGAUUCUGCAAUGCUAGGCUUGGGCAGGACAAGAGCUCAAACAAGGUCUAGCAGAUCUCUGUCUCUAGGAGGCAUGGAUUAUGCAGACCCAAAGAAGAAGAGCAAUUUCGUGGGUAAAAUUCUUAUGGCUGCUGUGCUAACAGCGCUAUGCAUUCUUAUGCUCAAGCAGUCCCCAACUUUUAAUACCCCAAGUGCAUUCUCUCGCCAUCAACCAGGUGUUAUUCAUGUCUUAGUCACCGGAGGUGCUGGCUACAUUGGUUCCCAUGCAGCAUUACGACUUCUAAAAGAAAAUUAUCGGGUGACGAUAGUGGACAACCUCUCACGAGGAAAUAUUGGAGCUGUAAGGAUUCUGCAAGAAUUAUUUCCUGAACCAGGGAGGCUUCAGUUUAUAUAUGUUGACUUGGGGGAUGCAAAAGCGGUCCGCCAGAUAUUCUCCCAGAAUGCUUUUGAUGCUGUGAUGCAUUUUGCAGCUGUAGCAUAUGUUGGAGAGAGCACACUCGAUCCUCUAAAGUACUAUCACAACAUUACUUCAAAUACUCUCACUGUCUUAGAAGCUAUGUCAGCUCAUGGAGUCCCCACAUUGAUUUACUCUAGUACAUGUGCGACAUAUGGAGAGCCUGAAAAGAUGCCUAUCACUGAAGAAACUCCACAGCUCCCUAUUAAUCCAUAUGGAAAAGCGAAGAAAAUGGCAGAGGAUAUUAUUUUGGAUUUCCAUAAGAACUCAAACAUGGCUGUCAUGAUUUUGAGGUACUUCAAUGUGAUUGGUUCUGAUCCAGAGGGAAGACUAGGAGAAGCUCCUCGGCCUGAACUUCGUGAACAUGGGCGAAUUUCUGGUGCUUGUUAUGAUGCAGCUCGUGGAAUCAUACCUGGUCUUAAGGUUAGAGGAACAGACUAUAAGACAACAGAUGGUACAUGCAUUAGGGAUUAUAUAGAUGUCACUGAUCUGGUUGAUGCUCAUGUGAAAGCUCUUGAAAAGUCGAGGCCUGGGAAGGUGGGAAUCUACAAUGUUGGAACCGGAAGAGGUAGAUCAGUGAAGGAAUUUGUGGAGGCUUGCAAGGCAGCCACUGGGGUUCCUAUCAAAGUUGACUUCCUUCCUCGUCGACCUGGUGAUUAUGCAGAAGUCUUUAGUGAUCCAACUAAGAUAAAACUUGAACUGAACUGGACAGCCCAACACACCGAUCUUCAAGAGAGUCUGCAGGUCGCAUGGAGAUGGCAACGAUCACACCUUAAUGGUUAUGGUUCAUCUCUGGUCAAGUCUUCGUAAUGCAUUGACAACUUAUCGUUGUGGAAGAUUGACAUGAACCCCAUCACACAGCUUAACUUGUCGUGGAUUUUUUAGUAUCACUAGAGUAGGUUUUUGGAAGCUAAAGAGGGGUCUAUAUUUUAUCGCUCAUCUAGAUUGAAUACAUGACAGAGUUGUGUAUUAGCCAGCUUAUUUAUCCAGCCACUUAUGAUGUGUAUCUUAGUCUAGUAAAACAGAUAUUUAGAUCAAUAAUAGUUCUGGGCCAGGUAUAGCUUCGUCCCUCAUCUGUGCUCAUUUGAAUUUGUUUUUGUUGUGUUUUAUUCUUUUAUUUGUGUAUGUAUAUAGAUAACUGGGUUUUAUAGUUGCUCCAAUUUUGGAGAAAUGAAAGCUGCUUCAACAUACAA